AUGAUGGAAGCUUUUCCAGAGUUAUUUUGUAUGGCUCAAGAUCAUCUUGCGACUGUUAAUAAUGUUGGUUUUUUCGAAGGUGGAAACUGGAAUUGGGAAACGGACUUACUGUUUGAUAACAACAGCCGGCCGGAGGAGGGACAACAGCUUGCUCAGCUGCGCCAGGAGCUGGCAGCCGCUCCGCUGCUGCAUUCUCUGCAAAAGAAUUUCGAGGACAACUUCUUUUGGAGUGUUUCUUCGGAUAGUAUUUUCUCGGUUAAAUCGUGCUAUUACCCCUUCAAAGACAAACUUUCAGGUCCGCCCCUUGAUUCCAAUGUGUUGAUGGCAAUUAAACAUCUAUGGAUGAUUAAGGCUCCUUCGAAUAUUUUGUUUUUUGGUUGGAGGUUCAUUCUCAAUAGGAUUGCCACCAAAUAUCAAUUAGUGAGAAGAAGAAUUAUGAUGGAGGGUAAUGACUCUCUAUGUGUGCUUUGUCAAAAGGAAGAGGAAUCUCUUUUGCACUUGUUUUCCUCUUGCGAAGUUACCGUAAGUAUUUGGAAUAGAGUUUGGGUGUGGGUGGGCCUUAGUAAGGAGUUGAAAAUUGAUGAAUUUGUGGAUUACUUUCAUAAUUGUGCAAAGAUUAAGAGUUUGAACAAGAGACAUGCCAGGGCGGUUAUUUGGCUUGCAACGGUUUGGUCUUUAUGGAUCAAACGCAACGGGAUAAUCUUCAAAGAUGAAUCUUUUAGUUUUACCGAAUGCAUGACGGAGAUUAUUUCAAACUCUUGGAGAUGGAUGGGUGCUUUUUAUAAGAGGGUAACACCUUGUAAUUUUCAUUUCUGGAAUACUCUACCGCUCUCGUGUUUUGAGCUGUAG